GGAAGAGGCCAUUGGGAGCUGUUUCGUGAGAUUAAAUUUGAGGGCUGUGCACACAGCUGUUAUCUUGCCAUCGCUGCACGUGAUGAUGAGAUCGCUGUGGCUGACAUGUAUGGAAACCGAGUUGUUAUCUUCAGCAUCGAUGGUAAACAGAAAAGUACAAUACAGCUUCAAAAAUGUCCACGUGGAAUUGCAGUUGAACCCAUUCACAAUCGCUUCGUGGUUAUUGAGACUUACGAUCCAAAGGUGAAGGUGUUCAACAGCGACAACUCGCUGGCAUACGAGUUCCCAACGGUGCCAGCAGAUGAGGUCGGUAAGCCCCACUCUCCCAGGACCAGGGGUGUAGCGGUCAAGAAGGAUGGUACAAUCCUUGUUACUUAUGACCAAGGAUGGGUGUAUACUGAACACAAACCUAGUAAUGGUGAGCUUCUACGUACCGUACCAGUAAAACUUUGCCCUGCCCAGCUGGCUGUUGACAACAAGGAUCGAGUUAUAAUCAGUAAUUACGGAGCUAGACCAUUCGUGGCCGUUACUGAUGGUAGUAGUUAUACACUCUUCACAAUCGAACCAACCAUCCUCGGAAAACCAGCAAAGUACUGCCUAGAUGUAUACGCUGAUAGCUCCGGUAUAUAUGUUACAAUGCUGGGGCCCCGUUACAAAGGUCAUAUUCACCACUAUGACCUAGAUGGCAGGUUUCUUGACUGCCUCGUUCGGGGUUUGCAUAACCCAUUAGGAAUUACAUUCACGCCAGAUGGGCAGCUGGCAGUGGCUGACGAAGUAUCAGUUAAGAUGUUUCACAAGGUGUAA